AUGUACAGAGUAUUUGCAUUUACCUUUUUGCUACUUCAUGUAAUAAACUCCAAUGGCACAUCACUGGCAGCAAAAUCUCAUUCCCCAGUGUUUUCUCCAGUCUUUGCUCCUGCAAUUCCUCCUCAUAUAUCGCCUGACAAGUCUCCGGCGAUUAAAAUGUCUCCUAAAAGUAGUCCAUUUGUUUCGCCGGAGCAAUCUCCGGCGAAAACUCCGAAGAAACCUGCCGUUUCUCCGGCGAGAACACCGUCAUCCAAUGACGGUGUUCCGGUACCAUCUAAGACUACUCCUAAAGCACCGAUAAAUUCUCCGGCGACAACGCCGUCAUCCACUGUGGCUGCUCCGGUGCCAUAUGUAAUUACUCCUACAUCAUCACCAGUGCCAGAGUCUCCUAAAAGGCGAUCACGGGCUUCGCCGGCGUACUCUCCGGCGGAAACUCCGGCGACGGUAGCCAUUUCGCCGGCACUCAGUCCAUCAACCAAUAGAUCUGCUCCAGUGCCACUUGAAAAUCCAGCAUCAUCUCCGGCAGCUUCACCGGUAACAACAGAAAUUCCGGCAAGUUCAGUGACUCCAUCACCAUCAUCAAGUGUUCCUUCAAGUUCAAUUACACCAUCAGAAGCACCGGAGAUGUUGAAUUCAAGCAGUAGUUUGCCAAUUCCGGCACCGGAAAGUGUUUCGCCGGAGAGAUCAAGGAGCAUUGUGGCUGAUAUGUUUGCGGCAACUUCAAAAAUUGAGGUGCCAAUUUUUCUUAGUGGGCUUGCUAUUUGGGCUGCUAUGGUGAUUUGA